GUUAUCCUGGUAAAAUGGAACGAGCCAUACCAGAAAUUGGCGUCGUGUGACAGCUCCGGCGUGAUCUUCGUGUGGAUCAAGUACGAAGGCCGGUGGAGCAUUGAGCUGAUCAAUGACAGGAGUACUCCAGUUACACAUUUCUCCUGGUCGCAUGACGGCCGCAUGGCGCUUAUUUGCUAUCAGGAUGGCUUCGUCCUGGUGGGCUCCGUGGCGGGGCAGCGUUACUGGUCUUCAAUGUUGUCCCUCGACGCCCGCAUCACUUGCGGCUGCUGGACUCCUGACGAUAAUCAGGUGUAUCUCGGCACGGCGUCAGCACAACUUGUUGUUAUGGACGUUCACGGCGCUAUGGUAUCACAGGUACAACUGGUCGCUGAGGGUGGAAUAACAUCAAUGGCGUGGUCAUGCGAGAAAUUCAAAAUGGAGGAGGGAGAGGAGGGGAGUGACAAUAACGGAGGGCAUGUGUUGGCGGUGGCGCUCGGCAAUGGCGAGAUCGUGCUGCUGCGGGGCCAUGAUGACGUCAGCCCUGUGCGUGUGCGCACUGGCUUGCGAGGCAACACGCUCGCCAUGGAGUGGGCCAACUCUAGGGAACUGCUCGCCGUUGCGGGCACUUUGCUACCUGAACCAAACGAGCCACUCGACGCACCACCGUACAAGAAUGUGGUUAAAUUCUAUUCGGAUACCGGCGCACUGAUUUACACCGUCCCAAUACCGUAUACUCAGGCGCGCGUGACGGCGCUGACGUGGGGUCACGCGGCGCGGCGUCUGUUCGUGGUGGUGGGGGGCGCGGUGUGCACGGCGCGCGUGUGGCGCGUGGUGGCGCCGCUGCAGCUGCUGGCGCGCGUGCGGGCUGCGCAGGCGCUGCGACACCCGCGCCUCGCCGCGCGCCUGCCGCUGCCGCCGCGUCUGCAGCCCGCGCUCACCAACCUCUUCGCACAUACUAUACGGUGCAACGUGCCCGAAACCAACGAGUUACGUCGUUUCGUGUCGCGGCCUCCGUCGGCGGGCGGACGCCUCCAUUGCACCAUGCUACGGCACGACGACGAGGAGGCAGGCGCGUACACGCUUUACUUGGAACACCUCGGCGGGCUCGUGCCGCUGCUGAAGGGCCGUCGCACCAGCAAGAUCAGACCUGAGUUCGUCAUAUUCGAUCCGCAGGCAGAAGAGCAAGCGUGCUCGACGGCGGCGCUGCGCGAGAGCAGCAGCAGCAGCAGCGGCGCGGGCAGCUCGUCCAGCGGCAGCGCCGGCAGCACCGCCAGCGCCGAGCGCCGCGCCGGCCCCGCCCCGCCGCGCUCCCCGCGCUCCCCGCGCGCGCCCCGCACGCCGCACACGCCGCGCCGCAACGCACACAGCUCACCACACACUUCUUCUUCAGACACCGAACGCGAAGAAGGAUGUUCUGGCUCUCCGCGGUUACAAAGACGCCGGCGUGCGCGCGAAAGGCGAAAAGUAAGAAGUACCAGCGAAAAGGACGAUACGCCAGACGAAUUGGCUUAUAUAGACUCAUUACCUGAAGACGUCCGUUUAGUAGAAGUGACUUCUAAUAUAUGGGGAACUAAGUUUAAAAUGCACGGCUUGGCCAAAAAUGUUCCCGCCAACCUGGGGCAAGUCACCUAUAAGACGUCACUGCUCCACUUGCAACCAAGACAGAUGACGCUUAUGAUAACAGAGCUGCGAGAUGACUAUCCCGUCGGUCCCGAUCCGACUUUUAAUCCCAACAUAUUUUCAGAAGACGAAGAGGAAGUUUUCCAUUCCAACGAUUCCAAUGAUUCUCCCUCCCACACUAACAACAACAUUAGAAGAAAGAUGGUGCUCAGCGACAGAAUAAAUAAUACCAAUAUUAUAAAUCAAAAUGACAGUUAUACCUCCAACAAUAAUAACACGAGCAAUCCUUCGCUCGCUCGUGCAGAAUCCUAUGACGAGUUUCCAUUCAUCGAUACUAACGACAGCGUGAACAACGUGCCCGAGAGCGUGUACUCCACUCCAGUGAGACACGCCACACAAGCUCCGGAGCGGAGGCUGAACAGCUCAGCCGGCGUGCCCAACCGACAUGCCAUCUCACCGCUGCGGUGUGAAAGUUCAGUACCAACUUUACAGUCGCCGAAAAAUGCAGUCGCACCAACAGAUAUAAUAUUCGAAAGGCCGUCACCGCAAACUGUCACUUGCGGUGGUCGUGGAGACUUCUGCGGCGGCGGAAGAACUGAUUACGGCGUCAGAUCUGAUAACACAGCUUUGAAGGGAAACUUAAACAAUAUUGAACAACAGUCAUUCAGCUUGAACCUCGGCCUCGAGCCGAGCCGACAAGUCACCAUUAAGAAGUGCGACGGUCACGUCACCGAUAAUUGCCUUUCAAAAUUACGUAAAAACAUAUGCGGCCGGAGCGACGUUGCGUACGAUGUGAACACUAGGAUUUUGAAAUCAUUAUGCAAUAGGAACUAUGAGCACGAGGUGCAUCCUGAUGCUCUAGGUCGCCGAACCGAUGCGCUCCGUAACUUACAGCGUGGCGAUGACUUGCGGUACAUCGACGAGGAAGCAACCGGCGAGACGUCCGCGCCGGGCCCCGCGCGAGAGCCACGCGUGGCUCGCACCACCACCGUUGUGCCCAUAAGCCCCGUGUGUGCCACCGUGCCCGUGUACGACACCAUGACACGCAGCUGCAGCGUCGGCUACCUCGACCUCGUGGACCCUUUACACGCACAUGUGAGCCUCGCCGCACUGCGUGGGGAGCCGCCCCGUCGCCUCGUGCUCGUCAACACACGACGCCGCGGCCGGGCUCGCCGGCACCCGCGUCAUGGCGAUGCGCGCCAGGCCGAUUCAAUCAAGACGCCGAGCUUACGUCGUUGCGGAAAAUCAAGAAGUUUAGAUUCAAGCGAGAUGGCAAUGACGCAAGAUCGUGGAAGGAGGACGUCCCGGACGGAUUCGAGGGCCGAAUGUUGUGCACACGCACGCCACCCGAGCACCGGCGGCGAGGAUACCAGCGCCACCAGCGCGGAAGAGACUGCGCGGCGGCCGCGACGGGAAGCGUUGGUGUGCACGGUUUGUCGGCUGAGCUCGGGCGCAGGCGCGAGCGCAGGCAGUGAGGGCGGCGAGCCGUACGUGUGCAUGUCAUGCAGCGCGCGAGCCUCACCCUCGCCUGCGCACGCGCCCGCCGUGCUGGCGCCGCCCGCGCCAUUGCCGUGCGCCUCGCCCUCGCCUACACCGGCGCUGCGCGCGUCCGCCACCGAUAGCGACUCCGACUACAGCAAGUAUUAUAGCUCGCUGGAGCAGCUGGCGCUGCGGCUGGUGGCGUCGCGCGCGGUGCGUGCGGUGCGGGGCGUGCGCGGGGCGGGCGGGGGCGGGGGCGGCGCGGCGCGGGAGACGAGCUCGGCGCCCGCCUCGCCGCGCGCCGCGCGCUCGCACCACGCGCCGCCCGCCGCCGCGCCCGCCACGCCGCGACACAACAGAUACUCCUCCACCUCGCCCAUACGGCAACUCCUGAACUCACCGCUGUUGAAUCGGCGCAGAAACAAGAAGCCGUCGGAAAGCUCCGACGACGAGUACUCGAACGGCGGAUACAGCGAGGUUAACAGCAGGAACUACAGGGACUUGGAGAGCUUCCAGAAAGCUCAGCUCAGAAACAAGUUAAAGCGCGCGGGCGGCGUCCCGACGUCGUCCAACAACAACGAGCCGCGCAACAGCGCCCGCCGACAACUCGUGAUGCACAACAAGGCGCCCAUGUGGAACGAGAACAGCCAGGUCUACCAGCUCGACUUCGGCGGCCGCGUCACCCAGGAGUCCGCCAAGAACUUCCAGAUCGAAUACCACGGGAAACAGGUGAUGCAGUUCGGACGUAUCGACGGCAACGCCUACACCCUGGACUUCCAGUACCCGUUCUCGGCGCUGCAAGCGUUCGCGGUGGCGCUCGCCAACGUCACGCAGCGGCUCAAGUGAGCGCGCGAGCCUGUCCUCGCCGCCGACCGCAGCCUGCGCUUCCUGUAGCCCCUGCCCCUGCUGGUGCCCCUGCCAGUGCCCCUGCCAGUGCCAGUGCCCAGGAUAUUACUCCUUCGUAUCGUCGGUUAUAUGCCUAGAAAUGUAAUGCACAGACCACACCGACGUCAAGUCAUGCACUAUACUUGUAUAAUUUAUUCCAUUAUUUGCCUAUUUGUCUUUUGUUAACGCGUCCGAUUGUAUCAUCUAUCGUGAUACGAAAUGAACAAAUGUUGCAAUACAGAUUUUUUUCUGUGAAUGUUGGAAUGCUUGAAUCGGGCACUGUUUGUAGGUCGAUAGACAUUUAUUUGCUUGUUGCGUUCACAAAGACUUGUCAAUCCGUGCCACGUGGUAUCCUUUGGACACAGGUCCGUUUUUAGACAACGUACUUAGUUGAUAUGUAAGAGGUUACAGCAAUACACUGUUAGAUAACGCAUUAUGAAAAUGAAUACGCCCAUCAAUAAAUAUUUUUACACAGGCUUGUAAGUAGGUAGGUAGCUUUGUAAAGUAUAUAAUUCCGUUGUCUCAAGGCCGAAUACACAAUAAAUCGAUGCCAUUGGGACCACGGUAACCGGUGAAAUCGUGUCUUACUUAUUGAUCACUAUAACGAAAGUAAAACAAUAUUUUAGGUACAAAUGUUAAGUAUUAUUACAAUAAGCAGUAAUGUGUGUAUGGAAUUAAUAUGGCUGUAAUUGUAUUGAUCUAUAGCAUAGGUGACUACCACUCGCCAAUCAUUUAUAAAUCAAGUGGCCUUUGUUUGGUUUUAUUGUUCUAAAGGAAUAGGACGUCAUGUAGGGCUAUCGUGGAUUUUAGUUAUUUCACUGCGUUCUAGAUAUCUAUUAUAUUACAUGUGUUUUGUUAUUUCUCUUGCAUUUACCACAUCGUGUUAUUAAAUUGGUUGGUUAAUAUGAUUUAGUAUGCAUGACUGUUGUGUGUUCCCUAUUUCCUUUACUGAGAAUAUAAUAUUUAUUAUGUUGUGUAGGUGUUGUCAACGAGAACAUACUGACAUCGUAUGAGCCUCUCGAUAAUGUUGUAUAUCCCAAUCUCAACACCUAAGAUUAUUAUUGAACAAAACAUUUCUAUUUACUAUAUAAAUAAAUUGUAAACGUGUGCUCAUUUCGACACACAAUUAGGAAUUUAAAUCGUGAAAUAUAAUUGUUGUAUUGUGUGUUACUCUUUAAAAAUGAAAUUGUUGUCAUAUUGAUGUUUUACAUUGCGAUUUGAAAAAUAUAAAAAGACGAAUGUAUAAUACCUCAUACCGGGAUAGAUUGUCGUCGCAAAUUAGUAUUGUUUUGUUUAUUUUAACAUACAUAUCUAUGGUUAAUUAUUAUCGUUAAGUUAUUAGUGAAAUGAUAUUGAGCUUAUGUUUUUAAUAAUUUAUUUGAAGACUGCACAUUGUAAAUAUAUUUUGUGAUAAUCAUUUUACGUUUAUAGUAUUGUCUAUUUUAGUAAUCAUAAGCUAUAGACAUUAAACGAGCCAAAUUAUUUUGUUUGCUCAAA